CGGGGGCGCCAGGGAGCCGCGGCGGUGGGCGCGCCGGCUGCCGAGGGGCUGCGGCAGUCACUGUCCUAGGUCGGAGUUGAUGGCUGGGCCCAUCUCCCGUCAGCCCGCCCGGUGUGGUGCGGGGCUCCUGUCGCAGGCCGGCGAUCUGGGGUGGCUUACUCCCCCGCCGCUUAAAUGACAGGGUCUUAAGUUUAGUGACAGACCCCGCGGGUCCCCGGGUUCGCUCUGAACGCGCCCUGUGAGAAGCCGAGUCGCUGGACUGCCUGUCAAACUUUAGGAAACGCAGGUUUUCCGAAAGGCGCCGAUGCUCCUAGAAAGGUAACACUGGCUCCCUGCCCCGGCGGCCGGCGUUGCUGACACUCGGGGAGCGACGGGCUCCAGAAGCCUCGGGGCUGGGCACGGAGUGGCCCUGGCUUCUCUGCGUCCUAGUCUGUCUCCUACGUGUGGGUAAAGACAGGCCUGCGCUAAACCAGGAGGAUUGCAGUUUUCUCACCCGGGACCGAGUGCCGGCUGCGUCUGCGCAUGCUCCAUGCGGCGUGGGCGCCGCGGGCGGAAGUCAGCUGGCGAGCUGGAGUUUCGUUUUUCUUCUAGCUGUUAGGUCAUCGUCUUCCCUGGCACUGUGAACCGUCCCCACGCAUCCUUUUUUUAACAUUAUAUUUGAGCUACGGCAUCAGGUUAGUUUCAGGUGUGCGGCACAGAGACUCCUCACCUUUUUACCUUACGAAGAGAUCACUGCGGGCAGCUGCCUGAGUUUCGAUCUGGGAAGCCUUUCAAUGAAACUUGCUUAAAGUCUGAGAUCGUACACAGCAGAGAGACCCCCCGUCAGCAGCACAGCAGAAAAGAAGGAUGUUGUCCUUAAACAACCUGCAGAAUGUCAUCACUAACCCGGUAAUCCCCUAUGUUGGGACCAUUUCUGAGCAGUUGGAGCCUGGAACUUUGGUUGUAAUACGUGGGCAUGUUCCUGGUGAUUCAGACAGAUUCCAGGUGGACUUCCAGAGCGGCAGCAGUGUGAAACCCCGAGCUGACGUGGUCUUCCACUUCAAUCCACGUUUCAAAAGGUCCAACUGCAUCGUGUGCAAUACUCUGAAAAACGAAAAGUGGGGGAGGGAAGAGAUCACCUACGACAUGCCUUUCACAAAAGAAAAGUCUUUUGAAAUUGUGAUUAUGGUGCUGAAAGACAAAUUCCAGGUGGCUGUAAAUGGAAAACAUACACUGCUCUAUGCCCACAGGAUUAGCCCAGAGAAAAUAGACACUCUGGGCAUUUACGGCACAGUGAAUAUUCACUCAGUUGGUUUCAGCUUCAGCUCGGUGAGUGCCCUUCCCUCCUUCCAUAGGGUGGGGCCUUCUUCGAUGAUUUCUGAUGACAUGGGAGAUUUAAGAAGUAGCCCAGCACCAACUCUGGAACUGACAGAGAUACGUCCAGAAAAUGUACAAAAUGCUGGCAUGUCACAAUUUACUCUGCCAUUCGUGGCGAGGUUGAACUCCUCCAUGGGCCCUGGGCGGACUGUCGUCAUUAAAGGAGAAGUGAAUGCAAAAGCCAAAAGCUUCAAUGUUGAUCUAAUAUCAGGAAAAUCAAAGGAUAUCGCUCUCCACUUGAACCCACGCCUGAAUAUUAAAGCUUUUGUAAGAAAUUCUUUUCUUCAGGACUCCUGGGGAGAGGAAGAGAGAAAUAUUACCUGUUUUCCCUUUAGUACUGGGAUGUACUUUGAGAUGAUCAUUUAUUGUGAUGUUAAAGAAUUCAAGGUCGCGGUAAAUGGUGUUCACUGCCUGGAGUACAAACACAGAUUUAAAGAGCUUAGCAAUAUCGACAUGCUGGAAAUUGAUGGCGAUAUCCACUUGCUGGAAGUAAGGAGCUGGUAGCUGGCAUGACUGCAACAAAAACUAAAAUACAGAAUGGCUGAUAUGACACUGGCCUUGUACAAUGCAUCGCACGAUCAUAUUGUCUAUAUAUUGUAAAAAUGAGCUCAUACAACGUUAGUCCUGCUGGGUGUUCUCAGUCAUGCAGUUGGGGCUUUGUCUAGCACGGGAGGAGGGUAUUCCAGGCAACAGCACCUGACCCAUUACUCAGGCCUUGCCGCUCUCUUCCCCACCCAGUCUCUCGGUUAUAACCCACUUCACAUUCAGGAAGUACUUGUGAGGUGCCUACUCUACUACAGUAGCUAACACGCAUUGAGCACUUACCUUUGUCAGCACUGCACUGGGAGCUGGGGACGUACAUACGGUGGUGCCCAAAACCAUGUUCCCCAUACUCUUGAGCUUGGAAUCUUCUGUGCUCUGCUCUCGUGCCACUGUUUCUUCAGCAGGCUAGCAUAACCUCACCAGGGACUUGGAAUUACUCAGUUACUAAUUCACCUAAAGACUAAUUUAUAGAGGACACCACUCCUGUCCUGGUGGCCACAUUAUUAAGGAGGCUUCUUUCCUGUCCCCAUAGAUGAGGAGUUGAUACUAAUAUCUGGCAGUUUCCUUUAGCACAAUAAACAUCUAGCUCUGCUAGCUAUAAGCAUUACCAAAGAAUGAACACUGAAAUCUGAACACAGCACAAAGAUUAAUGCAAAAAAACAAAAUAAAGCCCCAACAACAACAAAAACAAGCAAAACCAACAAAAACAAAUGGUGCAGAUGGUGUUGAAAUUAACUUGAUGUGUAUCACAAGGCCAUUGACUUCUGUACCAGUGAGUGAUUAUUUUAGAAUGUAUGAAUUUAGGGUGUCCAAGGUCUGCACAUACCUCUAUAGAGAGUUUAAGGUAGAAACAAGAGGAAUUCGAUUUGCAAAUGUUUAUGGGUAACAAAGCGAAAUCAAGCGUUGAUUUAAUGAGUACUUAUGAAAUAGGCACUAUCAGAAAGUAAAAUACACCAACCGAGACCAAAGUAGAGAGAGGCAACAUAAACACCUGUUGAUUCUCCACAUGCAAAGCAGCACUGCCUCUCCACUGUUCUAAAGAUUAGUCCACGGUCAUUAGCCUGGGAUCAAAACAUUGUUCUACUUUAAGUGAUUAAAAUCAAACUUGUAUCAGCAAGCUAAAUUGUUGCAUUUCUGUAAUUUUUUUCUGUUAUUCUUUGAAGCGAGUUGGCAGAAGUUCUUUGCAGAAUUCUUACAGGUCAGAUCUUGUUACAGGAAAUUUCAAAGGCCUGGGAGUGGGGAGGUAAAAAGCCAAGGCAGCCAGAUCAUUCUGUCACAUUAGCUUGCUGGGCUGGACUCUGCCAGGCUUUAGGAGUAUUUUCUUAAUAGAUGUUGGUUAUUUUUUGUGUCCAUAUACUGAAAAGAAUACUAGUACCAUUUUAAAAGUUCUCAGUGGUAGGAACUUCUAGCACUUCUUUCCUACCUUUUCAUGUUAAUUUAUUAUUCUGAGUCUUUCCAAGCUCAAAAAACCAUUGAUAGGGUGGGGAGGGGCCGUGUUUGGGAAAGUUAUAGAAGGGGAAGGCUCUAGAAUCCCUCAGGGUUAUUCUUUUUUUCCUAAAAGAACAUCAGAUUGCAUGACUGAGAUUUCCCUCUAAGUCUUAAACAUAGUUCAUUUUCAUUUUUGUUUUACAUGGAGAUUGUAAAACAAAAGACUGAUUCUUUGAUAGAAUAAAUAACACAGUCUUAAAAUA